AUGGCCGCGGUUUUGGCGGCGCUGAGCGGUGGAUUGUCGAAUGAGGCCAACGGAACGAAUGGGAAUGGAGUGAAGAAAAGGCGACACUCGGGACAACAUAAAUUUCCGCCAAUAUCAGAAGAUUCAUCGUCAAAUGACUCACCAAGCCGAAAAACAAGCGCUGUCUUGAGGAAGGAAUACGCAAAAACUGGACCUCUCGGCCGUACGGUGCACUAUCAACAGGAUUCCCUCUUUUCCUCCUCUUCCGGCUGGACAAACUACACCGGUUUCUUCAAUUUGGCCAUUUUGCUUUUGGUGGUCUCGAAUGGUCGAGUAGCGCUCGAAAAUCUGAUCAAAUAUGGGAUUCUGAUCUCUCCACUCUAUUGGUUCGAAUUUCUCACCGCCGAUCUCUCGUUGACAAACUGGCCAAAUCUUUUCAUGUUCCUCUUCUCAAAUGUCUCAAUUAUCACUGUGCUAUUCAUGGAGAAACUUUUGGAGCAAGGGCAUUUUUGUAAUCGUUUUGCGGCCAUUUUCUACACACUUUUAAUUGGUGCUCAUGUUACCCUGCCCGCGGUCGUUACACUUUACAUCAAAGGAAAUCCGCUAUAUUCUGCGUUUUGUCUCGGUUUGAUUGUGAUCGAAGCACUAAAGCUCGUCUCAUUUGUUCACGUAAACUACUGGUGUCGAAGCGCGAGAUUGCAAGUGAAAAAAGAGAGCAGUGAUUUCACACCACCAGAAUCCCUCCAUUUAUAUCCAUCGAAUUUGACGCUCGGAAACAUUUACUAUUUUAUGGCUGCUCCAACGUUGUGCUACGAACUCUCCUUCCCCAGACUGGAAAGAAGAAGAAAAACGUUUUUGAUUAAGCGGGCUUGUGAGCUAACAUUCCUCUCGUUCCUCAUCGUGGCUCUUGUGCAACAAUGGGUCGUGCCACUCGUCCAGAACUCGCUAGGACCUUUCAGUCAAAUGGAUAUCAGUAAAUGCACAGAGCGAGUGCUGAAGUUAGCGAUUCCGAAUAUUCUUAUCUGGCUGCUUUUCUUCUACACGAUGUUCCAUUCGGCGCUAAAUCUGGUUGCUGAGAUUCUCCGUUUUGCUGAUCGAGAAUUUUAUCUUGACUUCUGGAAUUCGGAGUCGAUUCAAUAUUUUUGGAAGACGUGGAACAUUCCCGUGCAUCGUUGGGCCCUUCGACACAUUUACCUACCGAUGGUUCGAAAUAAUUAUAACAAAUGGCUUGCCGCGUUAACGGUUUUCUUCUUCUCCGCCGUUUUCCACGAAUACUUGGUUUCUGUUCCGUUGUCAAUGUUUCGUUUGUGGGCCUACUACGGGAUGAUGGGACAGAUUCCGCUUCUUUUCCUCACCGAUUAUGUGUUUAAGGGAGGACGAGCCGGAAACAUUAUUGUUUGGCUUUCGUUGAUUCUCGGUCAACCGAUGGCCAUUCUGAUGUAUGUCCACGAUUAUUAUUAUGAAAACUAUCCAAAAGACCCGGUUUUGGCCGGGGAUCCUCUGUCGCCUGCU